GGCUAGACAAUAGGACACAUUUUCACUUCGUUCGGGCGAUGACCAGGACAACAUGAUAUGGCCGGCGGGCAUACUAAUUGUAUGGCCUAGGGAAUGAUCUACGUGGUUCCGGACAGCUAAUACAGCCUCCCAAAGCCGACGGGAUCUUCCAGCGGCUGGGCGUUGUACAGCCACACAGCCAAUCCUUUUCGGCGACUUGGCUGCUGACUUUGGAAUAGAAUAUGUGAGUAAUAUUAUUUCCCGACAUCGCGCAUAUUUUUGGGGCAGGUUGGACUUAAAUCAUGGCCACCCGCGCUUGAUAAAUCUCCGUCGAGCAUAGAUCGCGCUCGCUAACCAUGGCUAACCUAGAGACGUCAGUGCAUAUCGGUAUCUGGUUCAUGGUCGGAGUAUCUCUCUUAGCCCUCGCGUCGAGACUCUAUUGUCGGCUCUCUAGACAGCGGCCGUUAUGGUGGGACGACUUCGUUCUCGUGGGUGCUUGGGUUAUGGCAGCGAUCGCUGGCGGGUUGAUCAGCGCGUUCGCCUCCCCGGGCUCCGGGAUUUCUAUCGCGAGCGACGAUAGGGUCAUGACGUACUUUAACAUAUGCUCUGUCUUUUGCGGACUCGCGUCGGCCUGGUCCAAGUCCUCGUUUGCUCUAACUCUAUUACGCCUCCAGAGCGGUCGGGCGAGAUAUCUCCUCUGGUACGCUCUCGUAACGAUUAACGGCUCGUAUAUCUUAUACGUGGUCACGGCUUGGAAUAAGCCUUGUGGUGCCGAGGGCGGAAACGACCUGUACAUUCCUGGGUCUUGUUGGAGCUCUACUGCUAAGACGGUCGUUCCUCUUUCGGUAGUGGUAUAUUCGGCGGCGAUGGACUUCGCGCUCGCUUUCUUUCCUUGGAGGAUCGUAUGGAAAACUCGGAUGGUGAGAAAGGAGAAGAUAGGGGUCGCGCUAGCCAUGAGCUUUGGCGUCCUCGCCGGCGUGAUAGCGAUUAAGAGGGCUGCGAACAUGACGGGAAUGGACCCGAUAGCAUCAUCCACUUACUUUUAUGGGAGGUGCGUUCAAUGCGUUUAUAACUUGGCUGAGCCGUGCCAUUCGUAUCCCAUCAGAUGCUAA